GUUUACGGUUUAAGUUCAAUUCCAGUGUUACUGGCCGCUACGCUGAAUAGCUAACUCAAGCGCAACUAAUGUUAGCGUCACUCAAUAACUUAGGUAGCAAGUGAGCUCCUAGCUAAUGUGUUUGCUUACACACACCAGUCCAGCUAACUAGCUAGUUACAUUGGAUAACGCAAGACAACUCCUUACGUAUAAUUUAGAGGAAUGAACCAUAAGAGUAAGAAGAGGAUCAAAGAGGCGAAGCGGAGCGCCAGACCUGAGCUGAAGGACUCUUUAGAUUGGACGAAACAUAACUAUUGCGAGACUUUUGAUCUGUCACACCGAACAGUGAAGGACAAUGUCGAGCGCGUGGACACUGUGCGUCUCAGCGCCGAAGAGUUCAUCCAACGCUUUGAGAGGCCCUACAAGCCUGUGGUAUUGCUCAACUGUCAGGACACCUGGCCCGCGCGUGAGAAGUGGACCACGGAGCGGCUCAAGAGGAAGUACCGCAACCAGAAGUUUAAGUGUGGCGAGGACAACGACGGUUACUCUGUGAAGAUGAAGAUGAAGUACUAUGUGGAGUACAUGGAGUCCACGCGGGACGACAGCCCGCUCUACAUCUUCGACAGCAGCUACGGUGAGCACGCCAAGCGCCGUAAACUGCUGGAGGACUACAAUGUGCCGGUCUACUUCAGGGACGACCUGUUUCAGUUCGCCGGGGAGAAACGUAGGCCCCCCUACAGAUGGUUUGUAAUGGGUCCUGCCCGCUCUGGCACUGGCAUUCACAUUGACCCGCUGGGCACGAGCGCCUGGAAUGCCCUGGUGCAGGGCCACAAGCGCUGGUGUCUGUUCCCCACCCACACCCCCCGGGAGCUCAUCAAGGUGACCCGAGACGACGGCGGCAACCAGCAGGACGAGGCCAUCACCUGGUUCAGUGUGGUGUACCCGCGCACCCAGCAGCCCACCUGGCCCGCCGAGUUCAGACCCCUGGAGAUCCUGCAAGGACCAGGGGAAACCGUCUUCGUCCCUGGUGGCUGGUGGCAUGUGGUUCUCAACUUGGACACCACCAUCGCUAUCACUCAGAACUUUGCAAGCACCACCAACUUCCCCAUCGUUUGGCAUAAAACAGUGCGCGGCCGGCCCAAACUAUCCAGGAAGUGGUAUCGGAUCCUGAAGCAGGAGAAGCCCGACAUGGCAGCCCUGGCAGACAAGGUGGACCUCCAGGAGUCCACUGGCAUCGCCUCAGACAGCUCCAGUGACUCCUCCUCUUCCUCCUCCAGCUCCUCUGACUCUGAUUCCGAGGCCGAGUCGGGCUCGGAAGGGGAUGCCAUGUCCCACCGGCGAAAGAAGAGGAGGACGUGCGGCGUGACGUCCAAUGGAGACAGCAGAACGCAGGACGACUGUGUCAGCAAAGAGCGCAGUUCCUCCCGGUGACCCCCCCCCCCCUCCCUUCCCCAACCUCUUCAGAAGGCCACGCCCACGGGGACUCUCACGUAGAGCCGCCGUUUUUAUUUAAUUGUUUGUCUUUAGAGGAGUGCCGGCGGCCCUCUGUCUGUCGGCCAGAUAAGAGGGUUGCCUUGGAGACAGUCGAGCCCCGGGCCUUGAUUCGAGAUCUCCCCUGAGGCGUGGACCUGCUGGAGAUCAAUCAGCCACCGCUCAGCUUCUAGUCAAAGUCUAUCUAUUAUCGCUGUUGCUUGUGGAGGGUGUGAAGAGCAGUACUUCAGUGCGACAGAGGUGUGUUGACUUGGGGAGAGCUUGGGGGCCAUCGUUCACCUUUACACCAGGUACUGUGGCUGAGCCCAUCAGGCCGACCUUUCAAUUGCAGUCCCAUGGUCUUAUGACGCUCAGUUGGGAUUUUUAAUUUUUUUUAUUUUUUACAGACAGUGAGAUUUCCGAUUGGAUGGAUAGAUGUUUUGGAUUUACUUUGCAGUAAAGUGGAUGCCAGUUGACUUUUACUAAAGAUUUGAAAUGUUAGACAUGAGUGGAAGGAACAAUUAGGUCUUAGUCCAAAAUAGCCAGUGAUGAUUUUUUCUCUCUCUUGGUUAGGUAUAUCACAUUUCUGCAUCUGUCCUCUGAGCUUCUUUAACUACUUGUAGUUAAAUGUAUACCUGUAUUUGUUGAUUAAAAAGCUAGCAAAUCAACAAUCCACAAUGAAGACUAUUUACCCGAUCCAAAAAGCAACAAGGUAUUUAACACUGACCUUUGUCCUUUAUAAAAUGUAUGUCACUUCUGGUUCAGAUUGCUAAUGUGUAACUAGUGAAGCAGAUAUAUCAAGCCCAUCUCAUCCAGCAACCACUACAAAGGACAAGUGUUCCCCUGACUGAUUUAACUGGUUUUGCUUAACAUUCGGGAAGCUAAACCUUGUGGGAGGAAAUUGCUUCUACCACUGCACCUAAGCACUAACGUGGCUCAUUUGAACCACUCCAGUUGUGCCACAGAUGAAUGUCCAGCUAAGCGUUUACCAACAUCGCCUGAUUACAAAUAGCUCUUACUUAAAUGUUUCCCCUAAUUCAACCCACAAAUGGUUUUCCUCCACAUUUCUGGCACACUUAAUGAGACAAUGGAGACGUCAGUAGUGAUGCAUCUCGUCUGAAUGGGAGCCAUGUGCUGUUGUAGUAUUUUAUUUGGAACCCCAUUAGUUAUAGCCAAAGCCAGCAGCUAAUGUUCCUGGGAUCCACACACAAUAUCCUGAAAUCCUGCAACAGGCACAGGUCCAGUAGAAAGCUGUAAUAAACAGAAUGUUAAGAUCAAAUCAAACAACCCGCUUAGCCUAGAGGCUGGUUUCCCAGAAAAAUACCUUUGCAGGUCUAAAAUCACUUUGAAUAAAGAGUCUCGAUCACAUAUGCCUUUGAGUCCAGGAGUAGGAUUAGCCUCUGUUUGGAAAACGAGCCCGAGGUGUUUGGUCUCUCGCUGAACCACAGUAUAUAUUCUGAUCUCACACAGUAGGGGGCACUAAUGCCUGAAUUGUCACUAACUUGGCACUUGUGCAUGUCUUGUGUACAAAUUAUGGCUGGCACAGGGAGAAGUAUGUUUCGUAGGCCUUGUAGAUGCACGUCUUACUCUUAUUUCCCUGUUCAGUGCAACUAGGGUUUAUGGAACUGAUACAUUAACAUUUUAUUUGACAUUUUAUACAUUUAUUUGAGUGGGCAUAUAGAUCGCCAGGAAAGACUAAAUCCAAGUGGCUUCUAGGCUCUGUGGCAUUUUGCUCUAUAAUUCAAUGGCUUUCUAUAGUCUGUGUGAAAUCUAGCAAAAGCAACCAACGCAUUACUGUUCAGCAAAUGUGAUGUGAAUGCAGAUUCUGCUUGUAUAACUUUCUUCUCUGGUGUUAACAUGGAGUCAAGUGAAAACAACAGUUUCUUGUGUUUUAAAAUGGUGACCUUGUCAUCGGAAAUGAUUGAACGCGUUUUACAAUGUGAGAAUCGCUGUAUGUGUAGAAGUUGUUUUCAUAUGUCUUUCGACAAAGUGCCUAUAAGCACCAAUUAAUACUGUCACUGGCCUGAAAGUCUGUUUUUGUGAUUGUCGCACUUCAGAUAAGAGGUUGUGUUGUUACUUGAGGUCAAUGCAUCCGGUGUAGGGGUUGUGUUUAACCAAUUGCAUGCUGACCUCAUGUCAUCGUUUAGCACUGUCAUCGUCUCUGGGGUGAUGUCAGUCACAUAGUGCCUUGGAUAUGCCGAGGGAAAGAUCUGAACCAGUAGCCUACACGAUUACAUCUCAGUGAUCUAAUGUGGUUUCCUUUGGUCAUCUUCCCUUCAACUGCUCUGAUCUCAAACUACAGGACUACUGAAGUAUGGAACCCUUUACUGGAGGUUCCAGAUUUCACCUGUCCUGUCUGUUCAUAUUGGGGCCGGUGAUGGACAAAUGAGAUGAAAAGAGACGAGGCCAUUUUAAAAUAUUCUGAUGCACACGUUGACAUUAACCUGAGGAAAGUUACUACAUGAAUAUUGUUGAAGUCAAUAAAUUGUUUCUUAUGUAUCGACAUGUUUGUAUAUGUUUCAUUCUACAUUGCUAUAAUUUCAU